AUGAAAAAAUUAAGUGAGAAUGAAAAAAUUGCUAUAUAUGCAUCAUAGAUGAUGAAAUUACAUGGAAAAAUCUUAGAGAAGAAAUUGACUAAAGUGUCUUCAAAACAGUAAUUUGAAAGUCAAUCCUAAAAUAUCUCGAAUAAUAAUAGUCCUGCUGUUGGAAGAUAAAAAUCAUAUGAAAAUUUAUUGAAAGUAAAUAGAACAUUCAUAAACCCAACAAUAUAAGUGUCCUAAUAAAAAUUAUGUAGCAUUUUAAAUGUAAUGGCAGGCUAACAGACGAAACCUAAAAAUUAAAGUUUAUUUAACAAUGAAUUAAUUGAUACAGUGAAGAUAUCUCAUAAAUUAAGAAAGAAUCAAUCCAUGAUUUAAAUAGAGUAAUAAUCACCUUAACUUACUAAAAACUCAUCUUUUCAUAGACCCAAUUCAAGUGUUAAAAUAAAGAAUAGCAAUAGUAUUUCAUGUGAUUAGACUCAAAUUCAAAAGAUAAAAGAAAAGAUCAAAUCUCUUUUACAAGAUAGAGAGAAUUAUAUGUAAUAGGAUUAAAAAGAAACUACAUUUAUGAUUAAAUUUAAUUAAGCACUAAAUUAAUUAUUAGCAGUUAUAUUUAGAGAUUAGUAAAACAUUUAGCCAAAUUCAAAUUAAGAUAUAAAUCAUACUAUAUAAAUUAAUCAUUUCUUUAAAAGAUAAAUUUAGAUUCUACAAUAAUAAUUAUAAUAAUAAAUGGAAAAGAAGAAAAUUGAGAGCAUACUUAUUUCAAUAAAAAAGAAGCAUGAGAGUUUAUUAUCUGAACAUAAUUAGUUAUUAGAAAUUAAAAAGUCUUAAGAUGAAAUAAUUGUUAAUUUAUAAUAAUAAAUUAAUACAUUAUCAACUUAAAUUAGAUAGAAUAAUCAUAUAAGUUAAAAUGAUACAGGUAGAGAUUUCUAAUACAUAUAGAAAUUUUAGAAUUGAAAAAUUUAGUACAAGGAUAAUUUGAAGCUAUAUAAAAGUUACUACAAAGAGAGCAAUUAACCAAAGUAUUCUUAAAAAGAGUUGGUGAUAGUUCCAUAUUAGAGUAAAUCAUUAAAAAAUUAUAAUAGAAUGUUCUAAUAAUUUAUCUCUAAUGCAGAAUAAGAAGAUCAAGAUCAAACAGAAGGAAACUUACAUAUAGAUAUAAAUACUUAAAAUUAACCUAAUUCUCUUAAUAAACUUCAAACUCCUAAAUAAAAAAUUAAUUCUUAAGAUUAAAUUAAAUAUCAUCUUUAAAUCUUAUCAUAAUAUGAGGAUAAUUAUAAAUAAUAGCUAAACUUAUGUGAUUCUUUAUUAGCAGAUGAUUCAAGUACUAAUUCUUAUAUUUAUAUGUAGGAAUAAAUGAUUCUGAAGAAAGCAGUUUUGAUUAUAAAGGCAAAGAAUAAGCAACUGAGAUAAGUUGUUAUUUUAGUUUAGCAUCUAACUUUGUUUAACCAUAAAUGAAGAAAAAAAACAAUUAAAUGAUAUCCAAAGAGAAAUUAAGAAUAAAUAUGAUGGAUGUUUUAUUAGCUUAAGCUGCGUAUCUAAAUUUUAUUAAAUUUUAUAUAGACAAAACCAUUAAGAAAUUUUAGAAUAAUAAUAAUAAUAAUAACAAUAAUAGAAGAUAUUGCCUGAUGAUUUAUUGGAUGAAGAUUAAAUUGAUGAUGACUACUAAUCUUAUGAGGAGGUAUAUAAAUCUAAAAAAUUAGUAUUGAAAAUUUGAAUAAGAUCUAUUUUUCCUUGUUCUAUUUUUAUANUAUUUCAUGUGAUUAGACUCAAAUUCAAAAGAUAAAAGAAAAGAUCAAAUCUCUUUUACAAGAUAGAGAGAAUUAUAUGUAAUAGGAUUAAAAAGAAACUACAUUUAUGAUUAAAUUUAAUUAAGCACUAAAUUAAUUAUUAGCAGUUAUAUUUAGAGAUUAGUAAAACAUUUAGCCAAAUUCAAAUUAAGAUAUAAAUCAUACUAUAUAAAUUAAUCAUUUCUUUAAAAGAUAAAUUUAGAUUCUACAAUAAUAAUUAUAAUAAUAAAUGGAAAAGAAGAAAAUUGAGAGCAUACUUAUUUCAAUAAAAAAGAAGCAUGAGAGUUUAUUAUCUGAACAUAAUUAGUUAUUAGAAAUUAAAAAGUCUUAAGAUGAAAUAAUUGUUAAUUUAUAAUAAUAAAUUAAUACAUUAUCAACUUAAAUUAGAUAGAAUAAUCAUAUAAGUUAAAAUGAUACAGGUAGAGAUUUCUAAUACAUAUAGAAAUUUUAGAAUUGAAAAAUUUAGUACAAGGAUAAUUUGAAGCUAUAUAAAAGUUACUACAAAGAGAGCAAUUAACCAAAGUAUUCUUAAAAAGAGUUGGUGAUAGUUCCAUAUUAGAGUAAAUCAUUAAAAAAUUAUAAUAGAAUGUUCUAAUAAUUUAUCUCUAAUGCAGAAUAAGAAGAUCAAGAUCAAACAGAAGGAAACUUACAUAUAGAUAUAAAUACUUAAAAUUAACCUAAUUCUCUUAAUAAACUUCAAACUCCUAAAUAAAAAAUUAAUUCUUAAGAUUAAAUUAAAUAUCAUCUUUAAAUCUUAUCAUAAUAUGAGGAUAAUUAUAAAUAAUAGCUAAACUUAUGUGAUUCUUUAUUAGCAGAUGAUUCAAGUACUAAUUCUUAUAUUUAUAUGUAGGAAUAAAUGAUUCUGAAGAAAGCAGUUUUGAUUAUAAAGGCAAAGAAUAAGCAACUGAGAUAAGUUGUUAUUUUAGUUUAGCAUCUAACUUUGUUUAACCAUAAAUGAAGAAAAAAAACAAUUAAAUGAUAUCCAAAGAGAAAUUAAGAAUAAAUAUGAUGGAUGUUUUAUUAGCUUAAGCUGCGUAUCUAAAUUUUAUUAAAUUUUAUAUAGACAAAACCAUUAAGAAAUUUUAGAAUAAUAAUAAUAAUAAUAACAAUAAUAGAAGAUAUUGCCUGAUGAUUUAUUGGAUGAAGAUUAAAUUGAUGAUGACUACUAAUCUUAUGAGGAGGUAUAUAAAUCUAAAAAAUUAGUAUUGAAAAUUUGA